CGAGUACUACGAUCAAGUGCAAGUGCGAAAAUGUGGAUCUAUUUCCCGUUGUGUGACGAAAACGAGGGCGGUAAAAAUGGAAAACUUUUGGCUCUGACUAGUUUUGAUUGAUAAGUAAACGAGAAACAGAUACACACAGCACAUCGUCGCCGCGCACCUGGGGUCAUGUACAAAAAAAUGUUGGUCCCUUGCUCAGUAUAUCUAUUGCUGUCGAUCAACCGCAACCAGCACAGGGCCAAAUCUUCCAAUCAUUGCGUUACCGUCAGUGACCGCGUUGCCGAAUAAACAUGAAGAAGAAGGUGACCUGCCAAAAGUACUUACGAGUCGUGACUAAACCGCGGCGCCGCCACCUCUCAUGCUAGUUCAUCUGGCCAACGUUCAUGUUGAUCAAAUACAAUCCGAGCUAGAAUCGUCAGAAAGACGAGGUCACAUCAACCAACAAGACAUGCACAGGCCCCUGCGUUCCGCCGUCUGGUACUACCUCUUCCUCUUGUACGCCCCGCAGGACUACAGCGCCUUCGGAUUUCGACCCCUUUUACCCGUGCCUGCCCGAAACAAUGCGAACUUAGCAGAGCUGCUGCGCACCGAGCCUGUCUCUGGGCAGCAGCCGGCGUGUUCCACUCGUCCGGAGCAGAGCAACGGACGACCAAGUGGUCGAGAUACCCACGACAGACCCGUGACUUGGCGAAACGGUUUUCGUGCGGCCGACCUGCAUGGAGAGGGGCCGCGGGGCAUCAGUGCUCUUGAUGCUGCCGCUACCACGGCAAGAGACCGGGAGAUCGCGGCGAGCGUAGUUUUGCAGCAGAAUCUGUGGCGGCAGAGGCGCGACGCACGGCGCAGUAGUAGUACUAGAGAUGCUGCCGCUGUACCAGCUGCGGCGUCUGGAAGAGCAGAUGCAAUAGACGACGUUGACCUGCUGUUUGACGAUUUUUUUACGGCGCACGCCUUUUCCUACCGGAAUGUUUCGCCUGGGACGACAGAAGAGGUGUUGCACCACUCGCCGGGGGUACAGCACGACGUUCCAGCGCAGCAGGGCGUAAGAACUUCUAGAAGCCCGGCCGUCGUUCCACUCGCCAGGAGCAGGACGAGGGACGCCACAGCUGCGACGCCUCGAUCGUCCUUGAUUUCUGCACACACUGCUGCAACCGGUGGCGGUGGCUCAACAGCUAGGCUGCCUCAGCCUGCCGAUCUUGCGGAACGGGGAAGAGGUACCCGGACGCCCUCUGCUCCCCGGAGUGCGGGCCUACAACUUCCUGUUACGCCGAGAAGCCCAGUGGUCGGAGCGGGUUCACUGGUUUCCUCCACAACUUCUAUAGCCCCGACCGAACAACAAGAACAAGCUGAACGGCCAACCGUGAUUGGAGCUGCAAGUAGUAGAGCACCACGACCUGCAGCUGCACAUACUAGUGCAGCUGCGGGAAGCCCAAGAAGCGGAAUAACUUUGACUACCACGACGACCAGGGCCGCAUCUUCCGCUCUGCCCACUGAUGUUACUAGUACCGACGUUACGACUGGAAGUGGUCUACUUAGGACCACGCCCAUUCGCCCCGCAGCAAGAACUGCUGCCGUGCGAGAAGAGCCAGAGCAGACCCCAACUCGUGAGUUGCAAAACAACGGCGAGAUGAUGAAUAACGCGUCAACAGUACCUUCAGAAGAUCAAGAGGAGGUUUCGUCCAUGGCCAAGAUGUAUCAAAUGCAAAAAUGUCUGGGUCUGGAAAUUUGUGAUGCUGGGUGGCGUAUCAUGAGGAGGCCACAAGAGCUGGCCCAGCAUGACAAGUUUUUGAGCUUCUAGGUGUUGCCUAUUCUGCAUGACAAACUGCGUUUCUGAAUGACAGAAAAGUGGGGCUCUUGGGUAACAUGCAUGGCAGAUUUAAGAGUCAUGCCAGACAAGCAUGACAAACAUACAUUCUUCCAGACCCAGACAUAUUUGCAUUUGAUAAAAUGCUUCGGCGGGUGUUAAGCUUCUCGAACCGCACCUUGUCUCUUGCCUCAUCUAGUACUAGUACUACGCGGGCGCCAGGCUCUUCGAGUGACGAUUUGGCGGUAGAUGAACGAAUUAUAGGGUCCUCCUCAUUUUUGAUCCCGGAAGACCCUCUGCGGCACGUGCUGCGCCGCCCGUGGAGCAGCGGUAGCGUGUCCUCGUCGGCGAGCUCUAAUAGGGAAGUGCGCGAGGAAGCUUAUUCCCGAAUGUCGCAAGCGCUAGAGUGGCGCCAAGGGACAAGCACAUCUGCACAGCAUCAUGCGCAGGGGAACGAGGAGGAGUUUGUUCCAUUCGCGGAGCAGCAUCAACAGGAUCUUCUUCCGCCCCCUCCACCGCCUCCACCCCUAGCCGGGGUACCUCCGCCACCGCCGCCUGUGAUAGAUGAGGCAGGUGGUAGAAGAAGCAGAAAUGUUGACCGGAACUACCACUCGAAUCGUGAAAGCGGAGGGCAGGGGGCGGCAAGAGUGCCCCCGUCAAGCGGCACAAGAACUUCUGCGGCCACACUUGGUUGGCGGCAAGACCGGAGAGGGCACCAGGAGAGCAGCGAGAGCCGGAAUUCUGUUGCACCAGCUGCGAACAGAAGCAACGCUAGAACUCCGUCAAGCACGACCACAAACGGUACGCCGACCUCCCCCGCAGAGGCGCCUUUUUCCACCGACAAUCACGUCAACCGCAGGAUCAUGUCCUCCUUCCCGAGGCUAGCGCAGCAGAGCGGUGACGGGAGCAGCGCGCAGCCACAGAAUCCUGACGUUCUUCCUCCGCAGCACAGCAGUACGCCGCGAGGGCGAAGACGGGAACAAGCUCACACACCAGGUGGCGUUGCGCAGUUGUCAUCAUCUCCGGAUGUUGAUCAUCAGCCACGCAACUCCAGCACUCCUUCCCCCAACAGCGAAGACGAGGACGCCCCGCUGCAAACCCGCAGCUCCGGUUCUCUCGGGAGUGCGUCCUCCCUGCACGUCGAACCUGACGAGGACGCAAUUUGCGUCGUGUGCAUGGAAUCCGCCCGCAGCAGGUCCGGAUUCGCGCCGAAAACCACACCGAUAGAGAUGGCGUACGAGAAGUUCCUGCGGGUGCUGGCCUAUUGGUGUGGCAGUGCGCAGAUGCGGCGCCAGUUCCAGCGUGAGGAGGGGGAAGAGGCGGGGGAUUCUGAACAGGCCGACGACAAUCUUCUGCCUGCUGCAACUGGUAGUGGUACCCCACAAACAAAUGUCCGCGCACAACGAGGGUGGAGGCCAGCGGUCCUUAUAGAAGAAGGCGAUAGAAGCACGAGGACCAUGUUUUCGCCGAACGCUGUUGACAGUUCGCCCGUGAUCAUUCGUAGCCGCAGCGCGGGACGUCGAUCAGGAGGUAGUAGCACGUCUUCAGGGCUCCACGGAGGUGGACAACGAACUAUGACGGGACCUCCAGCUGCUGCACAGCACGCUCUGGAGGUCCUCGACGUGCAACCUCUAGUUCGGUCCCUUUCUCUGGGCGAGCUGGCCGACCAGCUUCCGGACGAGUCGGCCGUGGCGGGCGGCCGCUUUUGGUCCGUCCACUUUGUCGGUCCGCGCGGCUUAUCAAAUGUAAAAAUGUCUGGGUCUGGAAGAGUGCGCGAUUUGUCAUGCAGCUUUUCCAUGACCCAUGAGGUCUGGAAUGCAGCGCCUAGCAUGACAGAUUCUGCGCGAUCUCUCUCAUGCCUAUCCUGCAUGAGAAACUCCCUCCCGACUUGGUCAAAACUGGACGACUUUUGGUAUUCAUGCAACACAGAUUUUUCAUGCUUCAGAUUUAGCAUGACAAGUUGCAUUCUUCCAGACCCAGACACUUUUACAUUUGAUACGGCUUCAGCCCGCUGUUCCGGGUGCGGCUGCCGCGGUUUUGGCGAAGCGGUGGAAGUGUGGUGGAGACCACAAGAACUCGAAGUGGUCGUACGACCAACGGCGGUACUACACCGCGAGCGCCAUCGAGAUCAAGGGCAAGAACAGGUCGUGGAGGAGAGGCAAACUACUGCUCCGGUUGUAGUAGAACAACAUCAUCGACCUCGUCGUCGCCCACAGUAGAGUCGAACUGGGUACAGCUACAGUGCUGCCAGGGCCGGCAAGGGUUGCACCGGGAGUGUCUGCGCCUGUCGCAUUACAAGUGCCCGUUUUGUCGCAGCGUGGUGGAUGCAGGGGGGCGGCAAGUCGUCGAUGCGACAGGGCGGAGGGCGUUGGAAAGAGGAGCGGCGGAGUAAAAGUCCAUGUGGCAGGAGCUGACGUGGGCCGCGAGGCUUCAUUGCGCAUGAUCAGCAGAACCUGCGCACCAUCAGCAGAACCAACAAAAGGAGUUCUUCAACGGUUGGCUGGCUGCUCUUGCCAAGGAACGUGCCAGCCUUUGCUGCAGGGGGGCGUGGCGGCCAACGAAAUAAAGUUUUAAUAUUUGCCGAUUUGUGAAAACAAUAUGCUUUGACGUUUUGGAAGCUCGAUAAAUUUUCAUCAUUAUUCUGCUGCCGUGUUGAGACCGCGUCUGCUGAGAUAUUGAUUGUUGUAUUUGGGAAAAUAGCUGCUUUACGCAUUUGCUCAGUUCGGUCACUUAUUACGACCGAGAAUUAAUAUGCCGCAAAUGCAGAGUAUGAACAUUUUGUUCUGAGUGUUUGCAUGAAAUAGGGUGCCUGCGUAUAGGAUACAGACCACAUCAAAAGAACGAUGAGUACGUUAGGCCUAGGAACAAUUGAACUGCAAGCACGUACUGUUUCAUCCUCUUCUAGAAUAACAAAAAAUAUUCUGAGGCGUAGUUUGCAAAAUGCCGAGAUUUGUAUGAUCUUUGUUGAUUUUAGGGUUGCAUAGCUUGCAAUCGGCCUCCGAGACGGUUUCUCGAGAGAAGCGAAAAUGAACAAACGGAAUAACGGUGUGAAAGAC